ACACUCAGUAGCGCAGCGAUGUAAUGCGACAUCCAUAAUGACACUUUAACCGUUUCCCUGGACACUUGAGUUAAACUAUAGAGAAACCCCUUAUUUCCCCUGCUGUGAGGCACCACUAUACGUCUGUGCUGGUCCUGGCAGGAUGACAGUUCUCAAGGCUCUUUAACUGCGGGUCAGUGAGCGGCCCAUUCUGACAGAAAAUUGGAUUAGAACAACGAGUGCUGUUUAAGAAACGACUUUUAAGACCGACUCCUCCUCCGUCACGCCACCCUUCCCACGAGACCGUCGGGUGUUUGACCUCUCGCUCAGGUUGUUCUGUAUUCCUCGUGCCAGUAGUAAUUCUACCAGCCGCUGCGGACAUGUCAACAUCCAGCGAAUGCAGCUACAGCUAUGAGGAGUACAAAGAAACAGCAGACUGGCUGCUUGCUAACACAGACAUCAGGCCUAAAGUGGCAAUUAUCUGUGGUUCAGGACUCGGUGGAUUGGCUGACCUGCUGGACAACAAGAAUGUGUUUCCUUAUGACACAAUCCCCCGCUUUCCCCACAGCACAGUGCAAGGACAUAAAGGUCAGCUGGUGUUUGGAGAGCUGAAUGGGAAGCAGUGUGUUUGCAUGCAAGGCCGUUUCCAUUUCUAUGAGGGCUAUAACGUUGCCAUGGUCACAUAUCCAGUAAGAGUGUUUUUCCUUCUCGGGAUUGAGACCGUGAUCGUGACCAAUGCUGCUGGAGGGCUCAAUCCUAAAUUUAAAGUGGGUGACAUCAUGCUUAUCAGAGACCAUAUCAAUAUGCCUGGAUUUGCUGGCCAAAAUCCUUUGUGUGGACACAAUGAGGAAAGAUUUGGAGUGCGCUUUCCCUGCAUGUCUGAUGCUUAUGAUAGAGACUUGGCACGGUUGGCCAGGGAAAGUGCCCAAGAUCUGGGCUGUAUUUCUUUCCUUCAGGAGGGUGUUUACUGCAUGUUGGCUGGACCGUCCUAUGAGACAAUUGCAGAAUGCAGGGUUCUACAGCUGCUUGGGGCGGAUGCUGUGGGUAUGAGUACCGUUCCAGAGGUGGUGGUCGCUCGGCACUGUGGGAUGCGUGUGCUUGGACUCUCCCUUAUUACCAACAAGGUCGUGACUGACUAUGACAGCAAGGAAAGGGCUAAUCAUGAAGAGGUCCUGGCAACCACCCGUAUGCGAACCGAAGACCUGCAAAAGAUAGUCAGCAAUUUAGUGACAAACAUGUAGCGUAACCAUUUACCACAUUUAGCGCAAAAAUUUUGCAGCUGCUCUUGAAAUACUUCCGAACAGAUUUGCACUUCCACCCAGACAGCUUAACAAUGUAGAACAGCAUACAGUGUAGGACUACUCUUCAAUGCUACUCAUGUCUCUUAUUCAGGGUUCGAGUAACUUUAUGGACUUUGCAGUGCCUCAAGACUCGCUGAGUCAAAAUUUAGGCUAGGUUCAUUUAGUUUACUUUUGAUAUUGUCCACACCGCAGUGAAAACUGUGGUACUAGCUUAUCACUGUGAGAGUAGAUUUUAAUAUGAAACAUAUACUGUAUGAUGCAUUCACAUCCUUCCUGAAAUGAAAGUUGGGAUAGUUCACCCAAAAAAGAAAAUUUUGUCAUCAUUUACUCAUCCUCAAGU